GAAAAGGAAAUUUCUCGAGCUUCGGUUUUCUCUAAUGGCGACGAAGAUGAAAAAGGAGAUUAUCGAUGAUGCGUUUCAGUCAACCUUAAAUCGUAACACUCUUACCGUCAAGAAGUUGUGAAUCUGAUGUUUUAUCUUUACGAAUCAAGAUCGAACAUGAAGAAGAUGAAGUGGUGGAUAUGCGUGGUUGGGAAAGCUUUUGUAUGAAAAUAUAUAUAUUUUUCGGACACAACCAUAGACACAGAUCUACAAUCCGCAAGGAAACUCUUUACUUCUAUCCGUUAAAGCAGACUGUAACCUCUGUUCGUCGAUCUACAAAUGUCUCUGCAAAUAAAAAGGUUGAGAUGAAGCUGAAGCUCUGUCGUGUCACUAUGACUCAUAUCCUUCAAGUAACAGCUAAGAGGAAGUAUACAGGAGGUUGGGAAUCGCUCUAUUUGGGGAAAUAUAUAUCAUCUUCUUACAGAGUUUACCUUGAACAUGUGAAGCACCGUCGAGACAUGGUCAUGAUGAACAAAGACAUAAGGAGUUGUCAUAUUUAAAAUUCGCAAGGGAUACGGUUCAUAGCGCAAAGACAGAUACAGAAAGAGUGAAGCUUCAAGUUACAGCUAAGAGGAAGGCUAGAGGAGGUUGGGUCACCUACAAAUGCAUAUGGAUCAUCUACUUACCUGGUUUACUUGAAGAUGUGAAGCACCAUCGGACACAUGAUGAUGAAUCGUGACCAAACACUUAAAGGAGUUCUCAUAUAAGAAAGAAGGGAUACAGUUCAUAGCGCAAAGACAUAUACAGAAAGAUAAGUUCUCAAUUCAUUUCUCAAAUGUUAAACAAACAUGAGAGUUUAGUUUAUAUGUCAAAGUUAUAAGUAGUUAUGUUUUUUGUCACACUUGUAAUGCAACAUUGUUUAUAAUGUUUGAUCGUAACUUCAGUUUAACACAUCUUACUGUACUUAUUUUAUUUCUGAAAUAUUUGAAUAAUUUUUUUUUCCUUUGUUAGUGAAGGUUGUGAGAAAGGAUACAAUCGGAGUGAGGGUUGUCAUAUGCACAUAGAGUAAUGCACAAACUUGCCAAAAAAGAAGUUGAGGACCCUAUCAAGUUGUCUGGAAAACUCACCAGAGCGCUUUACAGGAAGCUGCAGCAUAGCCCUAACACUUGGGGAGCUUAUACCACUUCGAGAGUUGGGUCAGCUAGGUUUCCUGAACGAUACAAGGCGUCCUUCCCUGAUUCAGUGACGGUCGCUGGUUUAGAAGUCUUUGAAGGUGAUUCGGUAUUCGAAGUCUCGUCUGGAGCCAGUACUUCUGAGAAGAGUCAGUCACAGAAGAUGCCUAUUCAGCCCUCCUUCCGUUCCAUAGGUAGAUCGACCAAGGCUGCCAGCUCCUCUAGAGGAAGCGACAAGAACCAAGGAGGAUCCUUCCUUGACUCCGUGAAGGAGGUCCUUGAUGAGGGAGGCUCUGCUCCUGCUAAAGAUGUUGGUCCUUCGGAGCCCAGAGUUCAGGAAGUUGGUCUCCCUUCCGAGGUUCCGAUGACGGAAGCUGAUCCUCAAUUGGCGAGGGAUCCCUCAGAAUUUGAGCCUCCGAGGAGCAAGAGGUCCCGGACAGAACAAGUUGACAGACCCUCGAGCUCUUCCUCCUCCUCUUCUAGGGGGGGAACCAUUGGCUGGAACUUUGCCCACUCGAAGCCUGGGUCAGUCUUAGAUGACUCAUGGGGUUUGGCUACGUUAAUGAGGCAUAUGAAGAGGACUGGAUGUGCUCUCCCCUCGAUCGCCAACCUCUCCAACAAAGAGGAGUAUGUUGACAUUGCCCAUCACAUGGGUCAGCUGGCUGGCGCUAUCAACAGGGCUCAAUUCAAGUUCGAGGAAGCUGUGCACAAUGCCCCCAGUGCUGAGGAAUUAGCUCAGGUCACUGAUCUAGUCAAGGCUACCAAGGCUGAGCUCAAUCAGACUCGGGCUCUGAUCUCGGAACUUCAAGCUGAGGUUAAGAGACUUGGCUCCAAAUGUGAUGCUCAGCAAGGGACGAUCGAGAGCCAGUUGAUUGACCUCCAGGUGAAGAAUAGGAAGAUUGGGGAUUUGGAUGCUUCUCAGAAGAUAGCCGAGUACCAAGUCAAAGAGCUGAUUGCUUCAUCUCAGAGCAUCCAGAAGAACAAAGAAGCUGAGGUCAAGCUAGCCGUCCGGAGAGGUAAGAGGGAGGUAGCUGAUGCCUACAACAAGGUUCUGGUUGCUGUCAAGGAGAAGUUCUCCAAGAAGAAAGAUGAAGUUGAUCUCUUGGUUCAUGCUCAAGAGGUUCAAGCCAACACUCAGCUCCUGAAAGACAUGCUGGAUGGCGAGAUUAAGAGUGCUGAGGAUGAGUACGCUCGUUUGGUAGCUAUGAUGCCAGAAGCUAUUGCUGCGUAUGAGAAGGCUCAGGUCUCGGACUUUUCGAUCAGCAAGCUCCCCCUUCCUCAACUCUCUGAGAGCUUAGGUACUUUUGAGGUUAAUGUGUUUAAUCUCUCCUUUUCUGGAGAGUUCAGUUCUAAUUUGGGAUUGAUGGGUUCUUGCUCAGCCCCAAUUGAAGCCGCCCCGGGAGAUGGCGACAAGGAGAUGGAGGAAGAGGUUCCUGAAGAGAAGGAUGAUCUGGUUGACAAGGGAGCUGAGAAGAGCUCGGAUGACAAGGAGGUUUAAGAGCUGAGGCUCUUUCAUGUGUUUCUAGGAUUUCCGCCCAAUGGGCUUUCGUUUCUUUUAUUUCUAAGACUUAUAGCCUGAGGAGGCUUUUAAACCUUUGUUUCUGUUAAGGUCUUUUGAACCUUUGUUGGCCUGAGGAGGCCUUUAAACCUUUUAUCUAUCAAGACUUGGUUUUCAGUUUCGUUUUAAGUUUCUCGAUUUGACUUAGUCAUUUUUUGGAUGAACUCGAAUUUGGUUAAGAGUUUCGAUAGGGAAUGUGCUUUGGUUACUAAUUAAGAGGUUUAGUGAAUCCUCCGAAUUAGAUCCCUGAUUUCAUGAUAAGUCUUGGAGACUUGGAUCGUUUUUGGCCCCUUAAGAGAGGUUCCUGAAGUAUCGAGGUUAGCUUAAGGUUUUUAGGAGCAUGAGUUUAACUCGGGUACCUUAGGUGGGGGUUCUUGGGAACCUGAAUUUGUUUACGGGAUUUUAAGACCCAUUGGAACUUGUUUAGGAUUUUAAGACCUUUCGAAAUUUGAUAAGGGUUUUAAGACCUUUGUAUUUUGUUGAGGAUUUCGAGAUUCUAGGUUUAGGUCCGAGGUGACCUGACCUUGUUCGAAGGAUUUUAAGACCUUGAUGAUUUCUAAGGGUUUUAAGACCUUAGGUUGAGGUCAAUGGAGACCUGACUUUGUUUGAAGGAUUUUAAGACCUUUAGUGGUUUCUAAGGAUUUUUAAGACCUUAGGUUGGUUUAUCAAAUUUGAUUUCGUUUGAAGGAUUUCAAGACCUUUAAGAUUAUUAAGGAUUUUAAGACAUUAGGUUCAGGUUCAUGGAAACCUGAGCUGAUCCGAAGGAUUUUGGGACCCUAGGUCCGUGUUUAUAGGGACCUGUGUUGUUAAAGAAUUGAGACAUCAAGGAUAAUUGCUUUAUUGAUAAUUGGAUACUUGGUAUCAUAAUAGUCAUACAAUUGCUGUAUUAUAAUGGUUAUACACUUGCUGCUUGAGCUAUGUGAUUUUAAUCAGACAUAUGCCCCCCUUGGUUGUGGUGAACAAAGUGUUGAAAUGAGGUUGGGGCUGCACUCAUAACGGAGUUGCCUACGUACCCAGUCAAGGGAUCAAGCCUAACGUAGUUCAGGAAUUUUAGGUACCUAAUGAUAGUAUCUCUUAAGAUUCGUGGCGUUCCACGAUCUGAUUUCAGGUACCCCGGUUCGCACCUUUCGGAGCUUGUAAACGCCAGGUCGUACCACAUGGAUGAUCUGAUAGGGACCUUCCCAGUUGGUUCCUAACUUUCCAGCAUCUGGUUCCUUGGUUCCUUCGAAAACUUUCCUAAGUACUAGGUCACCUACAGCGAACUGUCGGAGCCUGACUUUGGAGUUGUACUGUCGUGCCAUUGCUUGCUGAUAGUUUUGAAUGCGAAUCAGGGCUCGGUCCCGUCUUUCCUCGAUUAGAUCGAGGGUGUCCAUUAGGAGCUGAUCAUUAGCUGCGGGGUCGGAUGUACAGAGCUCCCGGCGGAGGCUACCAGCAAUGGUUUCGGCUG